AUUUUGAACAUCGAAGGAGCGUAAUGGGUAGCUAGUCAGGAGAAGAGAGUGAAGCAAAACAUCGGCCUUUGUCCGCUAUUUAGCGUUUGUUUUAAACACCAGCAGCACCACUUUUUCACCAUUUUUACAACCAGAAAAAUCGUGCGUCUCUUCAGCGCUGACGACGACGACGACCUGCGUAAGUUUUGCCGAUCUCGAGUGUGGUUAAUUUUGCGGUUGAUCGAUCGGAAGAAUCGCGGGUGUCGUGGAAAAAAUUAAAUUCUUCGAUGAAGAGAGCAAAUUGGUAGGCGAAAUUUUCUUGGCUGAGGAAGAAAAAGUCGCAAAAAGGGUAGGAAGAAGAAUAAGAAGAAAAGGUCCCUUUUUUCCUCACUCGAUCUCAUCUAGUAGCGCGGAUUGUGAAGAAAAAGAAGAAGCAGCCUUCGUGUGCGGCUGUGUUGGUGUAUGCGCGAUCUCUUCUCUACUGUCCAUCAAUACCAUCUCGGUAGGAGUUUGCGUGUCAGAGUGUGCGUGACGUCAGUCGUUGCAAGUCGCGGUUGUGUUGUUGUUUUAGUCUGAAUUCGGAUCGGAUCGGAGUACGGACGGAGAUUUCUACACUACUCUUGAAUGAAUCGGAUGCAGUCAUCUUGAAUCCCGGAGAUCACGUACUCGCUCUUUUUCUCUAGGGUGAAAGAAAAAGAAGUGAAAGAGCUGACUUUGGUUUUCUUCGAAUGAAAAAGUGAAAAAAUCGCGUUACGGUGAUUUUUUCCCUAAUGGUAGGUGAAUGUGUGUCAAAUUCACUUGCUAGUCCGGUUUUUUCGGAGUAAAAUCGAAAGAUAAGUGCGUCGAUCCAGAGAGGCCUUUUCCUGCUGUUCCGGAGGAAGCAAAGUGCGAAACAGCAGCACAACGAGGUGAGAAGAAGAAAAGAAGUUUUCGAGUGCAGCAAGAAGAAAAAGCAACAAACACGACAACGACAAUGGUGGAACGUAUCGUGGAGGAAACAUCUGAUGCAAAUAUAGAUUCGCGAAACACCGCGGUGGCCCGCUACAGCAGCGAGGAGAUAUCGGGAAAUGAAUCGAACGAGGCACGUCUGAUGACCGAAGCGGAGCGCCAGGCCGACUUCAAUCGCCACAAGGAGGAGAUGAAGCGCAAACGACGCAGGAAGAAACGAGCCAGUUCAUCGAUGCAAUCGUCAUGUUUUCAAGAAUUGUACAAACUGACUGGCGAGGUGCUUGGCGAGGGCGCAUAUGCUUCGGUGCAAACGUGCAUCAACAUCUACACGGAGCUGGAGUAUGCGGUGAAGAUCAUCGACAAGAUUCCUGGCCACGCUCGGGCUCGCGUAUUUCGCGAAGUUGAAACCUUCCACCAUUGCCAGGGCCAUCCAAAUAUCUUGCAGCUAUUGGAAUUUUUCGAAGACGAGGAAAAAUUUUACCUAGUGUUUGAGAAGAUAAAUGGCGGACCGUUGUUGACUCGCAUCCAGGAGAAUGUUUGCUUCUCCGAGUACGACGCUGCGCAGAUCAUCAAGGAGAUCGCAUCCGGGCUGGACUUUCUACACAAGAAAGGCAUCGCCCACCGAGAUCUGAAGCCGGAGAACAUCUUGUGCGUGUAUCCGGACAAGCUCUGCCCCAUCAAGAUCUGUGAUUUUGAUCUCGGUUCUGGAAUCAAGUUCACCACCAACGUCUCGUCGCCAACGGCCACACCGCAACUGUUGACACCGGUCGGAAGCGCUGAGUUUAUGGCCCCAGAGGUGGUGGAUUUGUUCGUAGGCGAAUCGAACUACUAUGAUAAGCGUUGUGAUUUGUGGUCGCUGGGCGUGAUUGCGUACAUUCUGCUGUGCGGAUAUCCGCCCUUCUCCGGCAACUGCGAGCAGGACUGCGGCUGGAAUCGGGGCGAGAACUGUCGUACCUGUCAAGAGCUACUGUUUGAAUCGAUCCAGGAGGGUCGAUAUAGCUUCCCAGAAAACGAUUGGAUAGAUGUUAGUGAAGAGGCUAAAGACUUAAUCCGUGGACUUUUGGUCAAGGAGGCGCCCAAGCGUCUCAGCGCCGCUGCGGUGCUCAACCAUCCAUGGAUUAAAAUUACCGAUGAAGGUGAUUGCAUCGAUGGCGUCAAUUCCGAUGCAAUCAAGGAAAAGCAGCGCCGACGAGUAUUGAAGACACCGGGUAUAAUCCGGCGCAAUCAAUCGGCACGAGAGCUGUCGCACUUUGCUGAAUCUGCGAUGGCCGUAAAGCGUGUCAUUCUGCAGCAUUUUUCGAUGCGCUACGACUACAUGACUAAGGAGCGACCCAACAUUUAUCAGCCUUCGGUGCAGCAGCAACAAGAGGUCGUAGCUCCUAAGAAAAAUGCAAACCCAGAACCAACGUCCUCCACGCUGUCUCCUGCGGUUGGAUCCGUGGAGGUAGAAGUCACGGAUCAGCCUCUAGAGAGGAAUACGUUGGACGUAGUGGUUCGAACUGAACCACAACCGUGCCCACCUUUGUCUGCCAGAUCGAGCAUUAUCAAGGUGCAGGCCGGUGACCGGUACCAUGUGGAUGCGGAUGAAGGUGGCUCUCUAUCACCUUCCCCAUCCACAUCACCAUCGUCAGUGUCAUCAUCAUCCUCAUCCUCAUCAUCAUCGACUGACGAUCAUCAUCGCUGUGAUGGAGAUGCUGACUAUGUCAGCAUCAGGAAGUCAUCAUCGGCGUCUACGUUGACACCGGACGCUUCGCCGAAUUCGAUGACACCGUCUCCAAUUGCCACCGCCACUAGUCAAGGUGUCAAUGGGCUUUCUUCGUUAUCUUCUCCUUCCCCUACUGUAGUUGUAAACCCGAACAGUGGUUCUGACAACAAGGAGAACAAUUCCACCCCUUCAGUACAACAAAAACAACAACAGCAAAAAUCGCUGGAUGUCAUCAAAGAGAAGAAUACUCCUCCGUCCAUUACUUCCAGCUCGGUGACGAUUCCACCAGAGCAAAACUGGCGAUACCGUGGUGCCGAUACUGACGCUCAGAAGUUCAAACAUCCGUCUUCGAUACUCGGACCGAGUUACAACAAUUCCGCAAGGGCACGCUACCAUCAGCAACAGUAUCGCAACUUCAGCUCGUACAAUAACUACUACAACAAUCAUAAUCACCAUAACCAUCAUCACCAUAAUAACAAUCAGUACCGUAGCGGCGGAAGUGGCAGUGGUGGUGGCAAAAGUGGAAGCGGAAGCGGAAAAUCUUCCUACUACCGCCAACCGAAGAGCAAUAACGAAAAAACGGGCAGUAUCGAGAUCCGCUCACAGCAUCCGCAGCAACAAUUCUGGCGAAGCCGUCGUAACAACCAAUACAACGAUGAUGAAGACGAGCUGGUUGCCGAUGGAUCGUCCUAUCGUCACAGCAAUGGCUAUACUAGCAACAACGCUCGGUUACAAUCGGCCAUUUCGGAUGCGUCGGGUAACAUCCAUGGCACAUCUACCAACAACAAUCCUAAUCACCAUCAGUACAAUCGCGGAGGAGGAACCAACAAUCGGGUUAGUAACGCCGGUGGCAACUAUCGUCAGCACCAGUAUCGUCAAAACGAGCUGGUUCCAGCUGGAAAGCUUCAUGACGAUUACACCAACGGCGGUGGAGGAGAGUUAGUAAUAGUAGCAGGAGUGGGAGGAGGGCGCAUGCCAACACAAAAUAGAAAUACUUUGAACUGUGAUCCAAUAACAAAUAAUACUACUAAUAAGUAUAAGCAUUAUCAUACAAACUCAAACACAAUUGUUACCGCACUGAAGCGAGAGACACUGAAUGGCUACCAAUCGAUGAUCAACCAGCUGCGCAUUAGUGACCUGUAUGACGACUAUGGCUACAAUGGCAACAGCAAUGGCAUAAUGGUUGGUCUAUCGCCACCAAAUGAAUCCUUGCUAAUGCAGCGACGUCUCUCGCUAAAAUCGCGCAGCAUUUGCAGUCCAUUAGAAGCGGCGGUGGAUUCCAUUGAACAGCAGCAACAACAAAAACAAAAACAGAAUCAACAGCAACAACACAAAUACCAUCACCCUCAUCAGCAACUACAACGCCAAACGCCAAAUAUGAUAAUCACGACAAAAAGUGGUUGAACCGUUUGCUAGAAAAAGGAUUCCUCCAAUUUUCUUCCUUAAUUAUUUACUCUCUUUUCUUUCAUUCAAUUCCACGAAACCAGUGGCUGUCAACUACUUCCGGCUAUUUUUUUAUUUUAUUUUUGUCUGUCCUAUUUUUUCGCUAAAAAUUUCCGGCACAGUUGUCGACGUAACAACUUCUUUCUCUUCCCUUGCAAUUGGAACUAUUUCAAGAAAAUUGUAAUCUUCCCAUCUUUUAUCCAUAUGUAUAUUGUAUUUUUUUUUAUUAGGAAAGGUAGAAACCUUUUCAGAAAAAGGAAACAAUUCACUAAUCAGAACCAAUUGUUUGAAAUAAGCAUUUUUUUCGCGCUAUGUUAUGUAUGUAUGUAUCGAACGAAAAAAAAGAUGGCAAAUUGUAGGAAACAUUUGAAAUUUCGGUUUUCGAGCCGUUACGAAGGAAGGCUGCAGUAAGUUGAAUUGUUAGGAACUGUUUUCUAUACUAUACAGUUUAAUUUAAAAGCUACAUUACACAAACAUGAAGAACUCGGGAGAGAGAGCUUAGAAGACAGUAAGCAAAGAAUACAAUUCUUUCACCCAACUUAACGUUAUAAUUCAGGUUAGCUAUGGAUGUGAAUGGUAUAUUGUUUUAAAUAAGGAAAAGCAGCGAAGGAAUCAGCUACCUAGGAGAAGAAUGUUCACAAAGGUUCAAUGAAUGACAAAGUGCUACUUUCAAACACAAAUACCUACAUACAAUACAUAUGGUCAGUGAAACGAGACAAAAACGCGAAAGCUUUUAUAGGGAAUACGCAAAACCGAAGCCUUAUUUGUAUUUGAAGAUUGUUCACUGUUUCCUUGAGAAACGGAAUGUACUUUCCAUGAUCAAUAAAACUACAAACUAACAAACUUGUAAUUGCAAGCAUGUCCAGUCCAUCCUGGAGGGAAGUCUGUAGCACUAACUAACUUCCUAGAAGUGGUCGCCAGAAGAGAAAAAAAGAGGUUCCCAAGAGUGAGUUGCUAAAGUUGUUGGAAUGGAAACUGUAUGUUGCUACCGAAUUGCUUGCUUGAAACAAAGUCGGACAAAAAUAAAUGCUAAACUUUGUUACCUACACUGAGGCAAAGGAACGUUAGAAUUCACAGAACCAUUUAUGACAUUUCGACAUAAGGAUUUCUUUUGAAAAUAUAAGUUUGGCGUAUGAAACUCAAUUAACAAGUUAGCUUAUUAAACUUAAAAAAAAAGUUAUAUAAAAUGUAGCAGACCGGAAUCGAAUCCUGAGCGUUCAUAUUAUUGACUCCGUGAUUUGUUCCCACGUCUAUCAACGCUUGGAAAAUAUAAUAGGUUAAAUCAAAAUUGUAUCGGUUCAUAAGUCAUCUCUUAUGAAAUUCUUAAGAUUUGUUUGCCUCAGUGUAGGGAAGCUACGCGAAACUUGAAGCAUGAAUGGAAAACAAAAACCAUAACAUUAGAACGUGGUGCAUUAAUCGUUUAAUUUUAACCGAACUUCGCUUUAGAAUUCGGGACUUGGACAAUAACAAUCAUUCUUAAGAUUUUCCAGAAUCCUGGACCGAAAAAAUGUAGACCUGGGUCUUGGGACUUCGAAGACAAGUUUCAAAGAUUAAAGAAUUGCAAAAUAUCGUGAUCUGAAAUACCUAGGUAUAUAUUUUUAACCUGGAGAGAUCGAACAUUUUGAAGACUUACAAAACGAAAACAAACCUUGAUAAUCGAAAAAAGUUUUGAACAUUUCUUUCUCAAAGUUGUCUCGCUGGUUGAACUGGCUCCACCCCGAUUGGUAUAAUGCGUAGUUUCGAAAAACGCUACUUCUUCCGAUAAAUUUUUAUUUAGCAUCCUUUUUCAUGGGCUGUAGUAUAGGUGUUUCAACGGAAUAUGAAAGAGCAGUUCAUAAAAGAAGAAAAUUGCGUUUUAAAACGUGACAACUAUGCCAACUGGUCCAGUGAUGGAAAAGUCCGCGAACUUCGUGAAACAUCGCGAUCUUUUCCAACACUGCAAAUGGGUAAGGCCCACUAUCUUCAAUAGAACUUUGUUGACGUUGAAGUACCGCUUUCUGGGCUACAGUUCAACUGGAAAGAAGGCAUAGUUUAAAUUUAAUUUCCCAGCAGUUGGUAGCCAUGAUUCUCCAUGGAAACGAACGAUUUUGACGUUCGGCAGUUUGUAUCCAACUGAGUAUAGCCGUUGUUGGUAGUUUAUAGUGUCAAACAAUGAAGUAAUUAUUUUACUUUAAAUCUUGAUUGCAAAAUCGAGAUGAAAGUCUAUGGAUUCGAAAUGGUGCUCAGAACACGAGGCCCUACAUUUUUCAAAAUUAAAGAACCCAAGUGACGAUGAAGCAGAUCGAAAAUCAUCCAUUCAUGAGAUCCCUUAUGGUGUAUCGUUGCUUUUCUCAUUGACGACAAAUUGAAUUUGAGCACUGGUUUUGGACAUCAGCUAUCGGUCCAAAAUACGACCAUGGACCAAGAUUAGUUCCCAUAAUCCUAUUAUUGAUUUGAUUAGGAGACACCAUGAAUAUAGUAGUGGCUGAAUUACAUUGUAUUUCCAUUGAUUAUGUUGUUACAUUUGAGUUGCAUGAAAGUUUGGGUGAACUAGGUCUCUGCAAAUGUUUUGUGGAAAAUUAUCGUUCUCCCAUUGCGAUUUACUCGUAUGUGUCUCUCAAUCUGGGACAACAUUGGUUUGCUUCAAUGGGAAGUAAAUCACUACCAUCGGUACCAUAUGAUGAUGCCUUUUGGGUGUCCCUCGUUUUUAAUGGAGAUAAUCUAUUGUUUCUGCUUAGUUCGUAAUCAUGCUUUAAAGAAUUUGCGCCAUUAAAUUGCAUCAAUUUAUCUGAGAAAUUAAAUAAGCUGUCAUCGUUAAACCAUUGACGUCUACAUCUAGUCUAGUCAUCUAGUGGGAGUGUCGCUUAAAUAGCAAAACAUCGUAAACUAACUGUCGAAAUGAAAGCUUUAAUUCAAAGAAAAAUAAAACGCGAAGGUAGCAUACGACCAUCUCAUGCAACUCACUCUUGUGUAGAACACACUCUAUUGUUGGUUAGGUUCCGUAAUUAUCGGAACAUAUUUCACGAUACAAUUAUAACAUUUAUAACAAAAGAAGGUGAAAUUGCCUUUGCUUUCCAUGGAUCCGAUGCGCGGGCAUAGAGAGGAAGAGAAAAUUUCAUUCACGUAUUUAUAGGUGGCAUGCAAUGUGGAAGCAGUUCCGGUAAGAAAGAGUUGACAAGCCAUUCAACCAUAUAUGCCGUUGUUAUGUUGAGAUAAAUUUCUUACGUUACGGGUUUUGGAAACGAAAAGCCACCGCCAGCAUUUGUAAAACAUGGAAUACGUAUUUGUAGGAAAACAACACAGAUAUAAUGAAUACAAUUUAUCAUUGCAAAGAAGCAGAAAUAAAGCAGAAAAAUCAGAGCCAAGAGGAUAAACUAUUUACUAAUUUAUUGAUUAAACCUCAUAUAUAUUAAAACAAAAUCAAAGCCAACAGUUGAAUAUCAAUUGGCCACCAGAGUAACUUUGUUGAGCCCUUGAAAGUUAUUGAAAGAAACAUAAAGUAGAAGCAGACGACGUUGCUAUUUUCCCUGGGUGUAUUAAGUUAAAAUUGGUUAUCAUUAACUGUGGCCUGUUUUUAGAAUCUUCCAAUUCUUGAGUUAACACAUUAUUAUUAAUCAAACAUUACAUGUACUAAAUCGAGCGUCAGUCUAGGCCAGGGGCUCUCAAUCUGUGGUUCGCAAUCAAAUCAUAGAGCGUCUUAAUUCGGAACGAAAUGGCAAUGAAAAAAUACAUGAUAGUGGUCAAAUUUUGCGCACCGACUGGAGAAAAGAGAUUUAUUGGGAUCGAAUGGGCAAAAGUGACGAAAUUGUCGUCAUCGUCGCAAUUAUUUGCUUUUUUUUUCUUGUUGAGCUCCAAUGGAGUUCAGAAUCAUAAGGGCCUAACCGCGAUGAUCGUUUAUUUUUUUUAAUUGCUGUACAGUUAAGGGCCACCCACAUUAGAUCCGUUUGCGUUGCGUUGACGUAAAUUUGACAGUUAGACAAUAGAUUUAGCUGUCACUUUGCCGCAACGCGUCCGAUCCGGAUCUGAUGUGCGUGGGCCUUUAGCAACAUGUUAACAUAAGAGAAAAUCGAUCAUUGUAGAUAAGGCUUAGUGAUUCAGAACGUUACGUAAGGAGUUGGUAGUACCCUCUCAGACCCCAAUUCAACUUGUGGAUAUAGACUUUGGAAAUUUGGUCAAAGAGUACAUUGUAGAAAAUUGACGGGAAAAAAAAUAUUUCUACACAGCAAAAAUAUCAUUUUAAAAACCAUUUUUUUUUCAAAAACCCUAUUUUUGAAAAUUAUGAAGCUUUUUUAUACGAAAGACGACUUAUUUAUCUAUAAGUCGUCCAUAAAUUGCCAUUUAUAGGAAAAAAAGAUUUUCUAUCAAUAAAAAAAAUCUUGUCUGCACUGAAAGAAAUCUAUACAUUUGAAUUUCAUUCAAAAGCAGAUGAAUAUUAUCAAGUGCCUAACAUUAAAAUUAACAUUACUCAUGUGAAGACAUCAUCAAGCUACGCAAGUUAACUUAAGUGCACUUGUGAUUUUUCGCAAUGCAGGUAUGAAAAAGUUGUUAGUAAAAUUCGAGAGUUCCAAUCAUGAAAUAUAUGGACGACUUGGACGAUGUAUGGAGAGUUGAAACGUCUUUCUAGAAACAAAAAAAAUAGUUUUAUAAUUUUUAAAAAUAAGGGUUUCAAGAAAAGUCUGUUUUUUGUGUUUUUUUUUCAGUGUAUGAAUGAGAUAUCUAUGUUUAUAACAUUCUAUAUAAUAUAUUAUAUGAAAGUUCAGACAAUUUUCUACAGCUUUCUCUUUAAUCACAAUUGUUGUGUAGGACUUAUUAUUUUUUAUAAAACGUAGAGCCCUUUUCAAAUUGUAGUCCAGUUUUUUUUUCCAAGGGAUAAAAAGAAUGUUAAGUUGAUUGACUAGACGAAGUUUGAACAUUCACAAAGUUUUGAGAGGGUGCUUUAAAAUGAAAUUCGUAAGACAUGUUCAGCCAGUUUCAUCGUUAAUUUAUAAGAGAAACAUCCUGAACUAAAAGUAAAGAGGAAAACAACACCCACAUCCAUUAAGUUUGACAAACGAAAAUGGAUAUGAGUGCCGCUAAACGACGAUUUAAUGAGCCAAACUACAAUCAGAAUAAAAAUGGAUAGCUAUAACUAUUUAACUUUUGACAUUUUGAUGUAGCUUUAUAGUAAAAAUUUCAUCAAUAUUUUCCAUUCAAAUCUCAAUUUCUCUGCAAAUCCUAUAAAUUUUCAAAAAUCUUCUUUUGUGUCAUGUUUGGUCCAUCUACUUUUGAUGAUUUGUCAUGUUGGUUGAAUACGUUAUUUUUUUGCCAUUUCCAUCUCCGACCCUACACUAAAUAAAGUUGUUAUGUGGUUUCUAUGUCAAAUUUAAUUUAAGCGCGCAAGAUUUAAAAGUUUCCAGCAAAAUCACGUGAAAAUUAUGUAUUCAACGAAACGUAGAAGUCCAUAGAAUGAAAUAAUCACAAGAAUGUCAUGUGCAUUUCUGAGACAUAUCAUUGCAUGGGUUGUUGGUAAACGAAGUGGAAAUUUUUUUUUUCAUGAAACCGUCAUCGACAUUUGAAAAUGACCUUAGUCGCAGUUAGGAAUAAUUUCUUUGGUACAUUUUUCGUAAAUUAUGAAUUCAUGAAAGCCAGCUACAGGGAACCUUCCCGUAAUGAGUAUUGUUUGUCCUAAAGAAAUUUGCGAAAAGAGUCAUGUAAUUUUGAUGGCAUUAUUUCACUAUUCUUCCAUUAUAGUGUUCCGCACUAUUUAACACAGUGAAAACAACACGCUUUAUGGGUGUAUGACGAAAUUAAGUGUAGAGGGUGCAGAAGUGGUGCAAGAAUGUUGAUUAAUUGACAGGAAACAAAAGAAAAUUAAUGGAAAUGGCGAAUGGGUCGCCCACGGUUUAGUGCCGAAUAUAGAAUUACCAAAAAUAAAUUGAUGGUGAUUAUACUAUGAAUAUAAAAAUAGCGACACGGAACAGGUUGGGAACCACUGAUCUAACACUACUUUGGUCAACUUUAAUGUAGUAACUGCUCAAGAGUAACAAUGGAUGCAUUCAAAUGUGCUAUCAAAUUGAACACUUGGGCAAUCAAUUGCUUUUUCAUAUUUACAUGUUUACUUUUACUGCACAGUGCAAACGUGCUCUAGCUAACUUAACUUAUCCCAAAUCAAUUAUAAUGUUUUAAUUCUAAAACAAUUUCUUAUUUUUAACUCAAAGAUACGGAUCAUGAAAGAAAUUAAGCAAUAUUUAGUAGUAUAUUGGACUUUGACAAAACCGUAUGGAAUCCUUAGAAAUUUUGUUCUUAAACGAAACAAACAAGAAACUAGCAUCUUGCUUAAACAAAAUUUAGUAGAAAAAAGAAGAAAAAAAAACAAAGGAAACAGAUAAGACUGGAUUCAAAAUUCCUUUUCAUCCUUCCCAGAUCCACACGAUCACCAAAACAAAACAAAAAAAGAUUACAAAUGAAACCGAAGAAUUCACCUUAAAAAAAAAACAAUAUCAAACGCAAUCCCCUCUUCUUCAAAUUAAAAACAGUUAGAGAUUGUCAUACAAUCCCUCCCCCGCCUGCGGAAGAGCUGCGUGUCGUGUGGCAGAACAUAAUUGCCGUUAAUAUGUUGCUCCACCGGCGUCUCUUUUCAUUUGAUGAUGAAAAAAAAAACACUCAAGCACACUCGAAAAUCCCCUCCAAAAAGAAAACAAACAACCGUUGGCUGAAAACACAACGAACCGUUACAAACAAUCUUCAGAGCGUAAAAGAAAAAUGAAACGGUACUCUCCAAAAUUUAAUGUACAAUAAGGUGAAAAAUAAAAAUAAAAACUUUUUUAAAGAAACUGCAAAAAAGAAGAAAAAAAAAAUACACAAUAAGGAAGCAAAUGUGAAAGAAAAGGUAAGUUGACUAAUAAUUUCCAAGUUAUAUUUUUAUAGAAAAAAAAAUCAAACAAAAAAUCGCAAAAAAAACAAAACACAGAAAAAGAAAAAAAAGUAAUCACAAAAUGGUAAAAAAUACAAAAAAUAUUUGAAAACUGAUGAAAAAAAAAUCUAAACCUAUAUAUUACUUACAUUGAUAAGAAAGCCCAAAAUUUGAUCAUACAAGUACACAAAACGGAAGGUAAAAGAAGAAGAAGAAGAAAAUCGCAGUGAAUUAUAACUAGAACCUACAAAACAAAACAAACAAAGUGAAAAUAGAGAACACAUACAUUUUUUGCAUUGUUGCCAUAUAUAUUUUUUUUAUUAUUGUGUUAAGAUUAUGCGAGCCAGCAGUGUCACUGGAGGAAAGUUGCGAAAAUCUGCGCCAGUCUUUCCCGGCAACGUUACGUGUCGAUUCCAUAGAAGGAAAAAAAAAACGAAGCUUUUACCAAUCGCGUUUUGGUUAAAGGUUAAAUUUGACAAAUUUUGAGCCAAUAUUAACUAUGUAACAUUCUUGUUUCCCCAGAUGAUUUGUUCCCUGUUUUGGGAACGAAAGAAAAUUAACGAACGAAACACGAAUCCAGAGAACCAGAUGAGAAUAGAAGAAGAAGAAGAAGAUUUAAAAUCAUAUUUUGUUGGAAGUGAAACUAAGGAGUUUUGAAAUAAAAUUUGUAUAUUUUUGCAAAUCACUCAA